AUGAAUUACGUCAAAGAUGAACAACAGAUGGGAGGGGGCAACAAAAUAGCUUUGGAACCCGGUUUCCAGGCUGGCAAGUCCAUGGGAGAAAAUGGGCUGGCUGGUGUGGGAUCUGGAGUGAGGUCAGGGGAGAAGAAUCUUUCACUCACACCCCUCCUCUCCCUUGUGCUCAUGAGUCACCCUGAGGCCUCAGGUUUACUUGAACUUGAAGGAAGAAAAAAAAUGCCUGCACUUCUGAGAAGCAUCUGUGACAUCACCGAAAUUUUCAAUCAAUAUGCCUCAAAUGGUUGUGAUAGGGCAGCACUACGCAAGAAAGACCUAAAGGAACUCUUUGAAAGGGAAUUCGGUGAUGUCCUCCGGAGACCACAUGACCCUGAGACGGUGGAUCUCGUCCUGGAACUUCUGGAUCGCGACCAUAAUGGGCUUAUCGAUUUCCAUGAAUACCUCCUGUUAAUUUUCAGGAUGGCUCAAGCUUGUUAUUACGCUCUCAGCCAGGCCACCGGGCUCGACGAGGAGAAGGGAGCAAAGUACGAGGGAAAGAGGAACCCACUGAAUGAUCGCAGGCAAGAAGACCAAAGGAGAUUCGAGCGCCGGCAGAGGCUAGUGGAAGAAGAACGCAAGCAGAACGGGCAGGAGAGGGAGCUGGUGGAGGAAGAGCUGCAGAGGGAGAGGCAGCAGCGACGUGAGCAGCGCGACCUGCAGCGCCGCGAUGAGGGGCAGCGGCUGCAAAGGCGAGAAGGGCUGGAGCGGCGCGAGGAGCGGCGCGAGGAGAAAGGGCUGCUGCAGAGGCGCCAGGGUCGGGAGCCCGCGGAGUUUCCUGAGGAAGAGCAGCUGCAAAGGCGGGAGAGGCUGGAGCAGGAGCUGCAGCUGCCGAGACGCGGGCGCGACGAGCCACGCGCGCAGCGGGAGAGGCGCGAGCAAGAGCGCCGCGAGCAGGAGCUGGCCGAGGAGGAGCAGCAGGAACUGGGCGAGAGCCGCGCCUCGCGGUGGCAGUGGCAGCCAGAAAGCGAGGCCGACGCACGGCAGAGCAAGGUCCGCUCCCGGCCCGGCAGGCAGGAGGAACAGAGGCGCCGCCUGGAGCAGGAGGAGGAGAGUAGGCGGCGCCAGGAGCCGGAGCAGCAACUGCGGCGGGAGCUGGAGGACGACGCCCGGCGACAGGCGCGGCCCGGGCAACUCCGGGAGGAGCGCGAGCGCCGCGACUUCCAGUGGCAGCUGGAGGAAGAGAGGGAGAAGCGUCGCCAGAGGCUGUCGGCCAGGUCCUCGCUGAAGGAGCAGCGGGAGAGACAGGUGAGGGCGAAGGAAGGCCAGGAGCGCGACGGACGGCUCGGUGAGGAGGAGGACCAGCGGCGUGACAGGGAGGAGCUGCAGUUCCUCGAGGAGGAGGAGCAGCUCCAGCGCCGUGGGCGCGCAGGACAGUUCCAGGAGGAGGGCAACCUCCAAGAGGAUCAGGAAAUCAGGCGACGCCAAGAGGACCAACGCCGCGAUCAAAAAUGGAAAUGGCAGCUCGAAGAAGAAAGCCAGAGACGCCGCCACCUGCUGUAUUCCAAGUCGGCCAAGCAGGAGCAGCUGCAGCGUCAGGCGAGUGACAGACAGUACGGCGAGGAGGACCUGCUGCAGCAGGAAGAAGAGCAGCUGCAGAGAGAGGAACGGGAGAAGAGAAGGCGCCAGGAGCCGGAGAGACAAUAUCGGGAGGAGGAACAACUACAACAAGGGGAGGAGCAGCUGCAGAGGGAAAGAAGGCUUCAGGAGCAGGACAGAAAGUAUAGAGAGGAGGAGGAGCCGCAGCGCCAGGAAAGGAAGCAGCAAUUCCGAGAUGAGGAUCAGUGCCGUGAUCUGAAGCGACAACCAGAAAAGGAAAACGAAGUUCGCAAAAACAGAGAGAAUGAAGAAAAAGCCCGACAGUUGGAAGAGUCCCAGGUCCGGGAAAGACAAUUCCAGCAGGAUCGGCGGCCCCAGCAGGAUGAACUAGAAGAGGAGCUCUCUCUGCAGGAGCGAGAGCAGGAGAGGAGGCGUUGGCUGCAGCGCGACCGGCAAUUCCCAACUGAAGUACCACUGCGGGGAGAAGAGCAAGAGAAAGCCAAAAGGCUAGACGGGAAGUUCCGAGAGGAAGAGCAGCUGCUGAGAGAGGGGACAGAAGAGAAGAGACGCCGCCAGGAAGGAGACAGGAGAUUCCCUGAAGAAAGCUUCCAGCAGUCCCGUGACAGAAGAUUCCAGGAGGAGGAAGAGCUGCGCCGCCAGGAGCGCGACAGGAAGUUCCGCGAGGAAGAGCAGCGGCUCCAGGAACGGGAGAAAGAGCAGGUGCGCCGCCAGCUGCGCGACAGACAAUUCCACGAGGAGGAACAACAGUUGGACCAGGAACUGGAGGAAGAACGGCUGCGCCGCCAGCAGCGUGAUAGAAAUUUCCGCGAGGAAGGACAGCUGCGCCUGGAACGUGAGGAGCAGCAGCUGCGCCGCCAGCAGCAAGACAGAAACUUCCCCGAGGAAGAGCAGCUCCGUCAGGAACGCGAGAACCAACAGCUGCGCCGCCAGCAGCGCGACAGAAAGUUCCUUGAGGACGAGCAGCUGAGCCAGGAACGCGAGGAUGAACAGCUGCUUCGCCAAGAGCGCGACAGAAAGUUCCGUGAGGACGAGCAGCUCCGCCGCCAGGAGCGCGAGCAACAACUUCCCCAAGAGCGCGACAGGAAGUUCCUCGAGGAAGAAGAGCUGCGCCAGGAACGAGAGGAGCAGCAGCUGCGCCGCCGGGAGCGCGAACAACAGCUUCGCCAAGAACGCGACAGACAGUUCCGCGAGGUAGAACAGCUGCGCCGCCAGCAGCGCGAGCAACAACGUCGCCAAGAGCGCGACAGACAGUUCCGCGAGGUAAAAGAGCUGCGCCAAGAACGAGAGGAUGAGCCACUGCGCCGCCAGCAGCGCGACAGAAAGUUCCGCGAGGACGAGCAGUUGCGUCAGGAACGCGAGGAGCAGCAGCUGCGCCGCCAGGAGCAAGAGCAACAACGUCGCCAAGAGCGAGACAGACAGUUCCGCGAGGUAGAAGAGCUGCGCCAGGAACGAGAGGAGCGACAGCUGCGCCGCCAGGAGCGCGAGCAACAGCUUCGCCGAGAGCGCGACAGACAGUUCCGCGAUGUAGAAGAGCUGCGCCAGGAACGAGAGGAUGAGCAGCUGAACCGCCAGCAGCGCGACAGAAAGUUCCGCGAGGACGAGCAGUUGCUCCAGGAACGCGAGGAGCAGCAGCUGCGCCGCCAGGAGCAAGAGCAACAACGUCGCCAAGAGCGAGACAGACAGUUCCGCGAGGUAGAAGAGCUGCGCCAGGAACGAGAGGAGCGACAGCUGCGCCGCCAGGAAAAGUUUCGCGAGGAAGAAGAGCUGCGCCAGGAACGCGAAGAGCAGCAGUUCCGCCGCCAGGAGCAACAGCUUCGCCAAGAGCGCGACAGAAAGUUCCGCGAAGACGAGCAGCUGCGCCAGGAACGCGAGAAGGAGCAGCUGCAUCGCCAGGAGCGCGAGCAACAGCUUCGCCAAGAACGCGACAGAAACUUGCGCGAGGUAGAAGAGCUGCGCCAAGAACAAGAGGAUGAACAGGUGCGCCGCCAGCAGCGCGACAGAAGGUUCCGCGAGGAAGACGAGCUGCGCCAGGAACAAGAAGAGCUGCAGCUGAGUCGCCAGGAGCGCGACAGAAGAUUCCGUGAGGAACAACAGCUCCGCCAGGAAGGAAAGGAUGCACAGCUGCGCCGCCAGGAACUAGACGCUGCCUUCUCCCAGGACGAACAACUGAAUCGCGCAGAGCAAGAGGAAGAACAAAGGCGCUGGCGGCAAAAAGGCAGUAAGUUCCUAGAGGAAGAAGAGAGCCUCCAGCAGGAGCGAGAGGAAGAAAAGCGACGCCGCCGGGAGCAGGACAGGAAGUUCCGCCAGGAAGAAGAGCAGCUGCGGCGCGAGGAGCAGCAAGAACAGAGGCACCGGCAAGAGCGUGACAGGCAGUACCGGGCGGAGGAACAGUUUGCCAGGGAUAAGAGGCGUCGCCAGGAACAAGAACUAAGGCAGGAAGAAGAGCAGAGACGUCGUCAGGAGCGGGAGAGGAAACUCCGGGAGGAAGACCAGGGCAAGCGUCAGUUCGUCAAUCCCCCGGUGCGCUCCAGCCCUCUCUAUGAGUACAUCCAAGAGCAGAGAUCACAAUACCGCCCUUAAGAGUUGGGGCCAGUAUCCUGACACCGGCCAAAGCUUGGAGCAAAGGAAAAUGAGAAACACUGGGUACCAAAUGAUGAUUCAGAUGUUUCUGGGUGUGGGGAAACUGUUGUUAGAAUGUGUCUUUCCUUCCAAAGUCUUAAACUACACUCAUUUCACGUACUGUAUUUCUGCCUUUUAUUCUUUCUUUCUUAAGUAGUUCUUUAUGGCAGGAUGUCCUCUUUGGUGUAAAUGUGGUGUGCAUUUAUAAAAACACAGAUCAUUUAAUUUGAGGAGUUUUGUUUGAGAAACAUGCUUUCAGAAGUAACAAGAAUAAUAUGAUUUGAGAUUUAAAAGAAUUGAGUCUAUUUUUAAAAUGAAUGAUCCAUCUUGUGGAGA